AUGAAGGGUUUGGUAGAUGAGCUGUUAAAGAUCAUGGCAAAAUCAUUAAAUAUAGAAGAAGAUGGUUUCAUGAAUCUGAUUGGGGAUGAACCCACCUUGGAAGCAAGGUUCAAUUUCUACCCAAAGUGCCCAAAACCAGAUUGGAUUUUAGGGGUUAAAGCUCAUGCAGAUUCAUCGGCACUCACCAUUCUCCUGCAAGACAAAGAAGUUGAAGGACUUCAAGUUCUCAGGGAUGGCAACUGGUACAGUGUCCCCGUAUUGCCUCAUGCCUUAGUGGUCAACAUCGGAGAUCAAAUGCAG